CAUUCAUUCAUUGAUUGAUUCAUUGGGUCUCUCUCACCCACACAAAUUAAACACAUAUUUGAGGAGAUAAGGUGUAGAGAAACUCAACAAAUUAAAAACAUAUCAAUAAUGGCAGGAAGUGGUGUUUUUGAAGAUAUUAUCGAAGGAGAAGUGUUCAAAUACUAUACAGAUGGUGAAUGGAAGAAAUCUUCUUCUGGCAAAUCUGUUGCCAUUAUCAAUCCCACUACUAGAACCACUCAAUACAAGGUUCAAGCAUGUACACAAGAAGAGGUGAACAAGGUGAUGGAAUCAGCAAAAAUCGCUCAAAAGCAUUGGGCAAAAACACCACUUUGGAAGCGAGCCGAGCUUCUUCACAAGGCCGCCGCUAUUCUGAAAGAGCAUAAGGCUCCCAUUGCCCAGUGCCUGGUUAACGAGAUUGCAAAACCCGCAAAGGAUUCUGUCACUGAGGUCGUUCGAUCAGGGGAUCUCAUAUCGUAUUGUGCUGAGGAAGGGGUUAGGAUUCUAGGAGAAGGCAAGUUCUUGGUUUCUGAUAGUUUUCCCGGCAAUGAGAGGACUAAAUACUGCCUCACUUCAAAGAUUCCACUUGGAGUUGUCUUGGCCAUACCUCCCUUCAACUACCCAGUCAACCUCGCCGUCUCCAAAAUUGGUCCAGCACUUAUUGCAGGAAACUCACUAGUCCUCAAGCCCCCAACUCAGGGUGCAGUGGCUUGCCUCCAUAUGGUCCACUGCUUUCACUUGGCAGGCUUUCCUAAAGGCCUAAUCAGUUGUAUUACUGGAAAAGGAUCAGAGAUUGGCGAUUUUCUAACGAUGCAUCCCGGAGUUAAUUGUAUCAGCUUCACAGGUGGUGACACUGGAAUCGCGAUCUCCAAAAAAGCUGGAAUGGUGCCACUUCAGAUGGAGCUCGGAGGAAAAGACGCUUGUAUAGUGCUUGAAGAUGCUGAUCUUGAUUUAGUAGCAGCAAAUAUCAUCAAAGGAGGAUUUUCUUACAGUGGUCAGAGAUGCACUGCUAUUAAGGUUGUGCUGGUGAUGGAAUCAGUUGCAGAUGCACUAGUCGAGAAAGUAAACGCUAAAGUGGCGAAACUAAAGGUGGGCCCACCCGAGGAAGAUUGUGAUAUCACCCCUGUUGUAUCGGAGUCAUCAGCUAAUUUCAUUGAAGGGUUGGCUAAGGAUGCACAGACAAAAGGGGCAACCUUUUGCCAAGAAUAUAAGAGGGAGGGCAACCUCAUUUGGCCAUUGCUGCUUGAUAAUGUUCGACCUGACAUGAGAAUCGCAUGGGAGGAACCCUUUGGGCCCAUUGUGCCCGUUAUUAGGAUCAACUCCAUCGAAGAAGGGAUCCAUCAUUGCAAUGCCAGCAAUUUCGGCCUUCAGGGAUGUGUCUUUACCAAGGACAUCAACAAAGCUAUUUUGAUCAGUGACGCGAUGGAGACAGGCACAGUCCAGAUUAAUUCGGCAUCUGCUCGUGGCCCUGAUCACUUCCCAUUUCAGGGUCUUAAGGACAGCGGGAUAGGAUCUCAAGGAAUCACAAACAGUAUUAAUAUGAUGACGAAAGUUAAGAGCACAGUGAUCAACUUACCAAGCGCAAGCUACGCUAUGGGGUAGUAACAUAUGCAAAUGUUUGAAAAAAAAAAAUAAGUAAAAGGACUACUUGUAUUGAGGCUUCUUUAACUUGGUGUUAAACAUAUGAUUAAAAUAAUGUUUAGUACUAAUAAAAAUGAUGAACGAUACGGUUUGCUGUACUGUCCCAUUAGAUCAACUUAAUGGUCCUUUAAGGCGACGUAUCUUGUUUUCUGUCAUGUUCUUGAUGACAAAGAACAGAAACGCCAAUGGUUUGGUUUCGACAUUUGGGAUAACCAAAUAUGUCUGCAGUUUGAA